UUGUGUGCAACAGCUCUUCCUAAUCCAAAAACCAAAAAAAUUCACUAAAAGUCAAAAAAUAAAUAAAUAGGUUUUGAAUAUAUGUGAUUUUUACAUAAACACACUCCUAAACAAUGUUUGACGUAAGAGGCUCGACAAUAGCCUAACACAUUUAUUAAGAACCAAAAAUAAAUAAAUUUUGUAACGACUAAGCAGACCACUAAUAAUAAGAGACUGAAACUGCCAUUUGCUCUCGGAUGCACAACACUAUAAACUCAUGUUCUUGCUUUUUAACAUAGCCCAAGGUAUAUAUGGAGGAGGUGUCUAGGUUAAGAGUUCUUCUAGAUAACAUCUCCUCAUAUCUAAGUAUAUCUUCAUCAAAUGACAAGUUAUCUUCAAACCCAGCUCAUAAGUAUUACUCAAGAGUAGAAGAGAUAGCAAAGCUUCUUAUGCCUCUUCUUGACAACCCUGUUGUCUCUGAUGUGUCUCCUAGCGAAUUGCUUAACAACAGCUUUGAAGAGUUAUCUCAAUACGUUGAUGAGCUAAGAGAGCAGUUUGAGAGCUGGCAACCUCUUUCAAGUAGAAUCUUAUAUGUUCUUAGAAUUGAAUCAUUAGCAUCAAAGAUGAGGGAAUCAAGUUUGGAAGUCUUUCAGCUUCUCAAACACUUACCUGCUGAUUUGGUUUCACCAUCUGAGGACUGCAUAGAACUGGUGAAGUUAGUGGGAAGAGAGGAAGUUUCGUAUACUAUUGAUCUAGCUCUGAUAGAUCAAAGAAAAGGUGUUGAACUUACUCCAGAGGUUCUGGUGAAAAUUGCCGAGAGUGUUGGUUUGAGAUCAAACCAGGAUAUUCUGAUCGAAGGUGUGGUACUUACAAACUUGAAGGAAGAUGCUAACCUUGUCAAGGACAACACCCGAGCUGGUUUUAUAAAGGGAUUGAUCUAUCUGACCAAGCAAAUGCAUGAUUACCUUGCCAAGAUAGAGCAGUCUCAGUCACCUUCUGACUUUUUCUGCCCUCUAUCACUUCAGCUUAUGACUGAUCCUGUCACUGUGACAUCUGGUCAAACAUACGAACGGGCUUUUAUCGAAAAAUGGUUUGAUAUGGGACUCAUGGUCUGCCCAAAGACAAGGCAUGCUUUGUCUCAGACCACUUUGACACCUAACUUCACUGUCAAGGCAUUCAUUGCCAACUGGUGUGAAUCAAACAAUGUCAAUCCUCCUGAUCCUUUGGAGCUGAUUCACUCAAAUCAGCCUUUCCCUCUUCUUGUUGGAUCAUGUUCUGCUGAUGACUCCAGAGAUUCUCUGCCUCUUCCUGUAAUGGAUGAUACACUUAAGUGCAACCAUAUAGAAUCUGUAGAUGCUAGCAAAUGCGAGGAGCUGCAUCAGGUCUUAACUAGGUCUGCUUCUGCACCAGGCAUUGUCUCUAAAGUUGUUUCCAAAGCCAACACAUCGAUCUCACAGGCACCGGGUGAAACUGUUCCUCAGCCCUGGAUCAUCCCAGCGACCAUGAAAGAAACUGGAAGCAGUUCAAACAUGGAAGCAGAAGAAACUGGAGGCAGUUCAAGUAUGGAAGUAGAGGUGAAGAAACUGAUUCAAGAUCUCAAGAGUUCUUCGUUAGAUGCACAAAGAGAGGCCACAGCUCAGCUCAGGCUACUAACAAAAGACAUUCCAGACGACCGCACUGUGAUUGCAAGGUGCGGAGCAAUCGCUGCGUUAGUCAAUAAGCUUUACUCCAUGGACAAGAUGAUCCAAGCGGAAGCCGUGACUUGCUUGCUCAACUUAUCACUCGACGACAGCAACAAAACCGUCAUCGCGUAUAGUGGAGUAUUCAAGCCGCUCGUUCACGUUCUCAAGACAGGAAACAUGGAAGCCAAAGAGAACUCAACAAGAGCUCUAGUGAGCUUGUCUAAAGCCGAAGAGAACAGGACAAAGAUGCUACAAGCAGGAGCUAUAGAGCCACUUGUUAGGCUUAUGGGUAAUGGAAGUCCCAGGGGGAAAAAGGACGCAGCCACGGCUCUAACCAACCUCGCGACACGCAACAGGGAGAAAGAGAUGGUGAUCAGAGGUGGAGGAGUUAGGUACUUGAUCCAGAUGAUGAAUCCUGCAGCUGGAACGGUGGAGAGAGCUGUGGUUGUGUUGGCUAAUCUUGCAAACGUGCCAGAAGCAAAGAUUGCGAUUAGAGAUGGAGGAGGGAUACCGUUAUUGGUGGACGUUGUGGAGUUGGGUUCACCAAGAGGACAAGAGAAUGCAGCUGCAGCACUUUGCGUGCUUUGUAUGGAUAGCUCAAGAUUCUGCAACAUUGUUAUAAGAGAAGGAGCUAUUCCACCUCUUGUGGCUCUUACUAGAUCAGGAACAACAAGAGCCAAAGAAAAGGCAAAGAGUCUUCUUAAGUACUUUGAAGCCUUAAAACAAGAGAACCAGAGGCGAAACUGAUCUUAGUUUUACUUCGCAGGUUUUACUACUAACCUAUACAAUUAUGAUACAUCUACACGUAUAUGAUGAUAUAUUAUAGAUGGAGAACAUGUAUGCAAUGUGAAAGAUUAUACAUCUACAUAUAUAUGAUGCUAUAUUAUAUAGUGAUUUGUAUGGAAAACAUGUAUGCAAUGUGAAAAAUUAAACAGUGAAUAUUUAAUAUGAGAAUUGUCUAUUGUUCUCUUAUUAUUUUAUCGAAGUAAAAUAGUAAAAUUAAUAAAUCAGUCAUGAUUUAUACCAGUUCAAAAUACAACACAAAUCGAUAAAAUAAAAAGAUCAUAAAUUUUUAGAUAAUAUAUAAAUAUAUGGUCCUAUUAGAAUAAUAAAUUAAUAAAUUGUAUAUAUACAGAUUAUAUAGUACAAAUAAAUAUUAUUUGUUUUAUAUUUACAAUAAAUUUAUCUAUAUUAUUUCUUAAUAUUUUAUUAUACUUUGAUAAUAUUUAGUAAAAUUAUGUCUAAAUGAUAUUUAAAUUAUAUGAAAGAUAUUUCAUAUACAUUAAAUAAUAUAAUGAAAACAAUAUGAAAAUAGGAUUUCUAAAGUUUAAUAGUAAAAUUAACUAUUUUCCUAUUUUAUAAAAAAAAAUAUCUAAAAAUAAAUUAUUUUUAAUUAAUAACUCCACAGUUUUUUACUCUAUACUUUUAAUUUCAUUUGAAAUACAUUGAACUGAUGGGAGGCCCAUUUGAAAGUUUCCAGCGAGUUUUCGGUAGAUUUUGAAGCCGCCUAAUGCACAUCUCACAAGUGAGUUGAGGAUUUGGUAGUAAAACAUUAUAUUAUACGAUUUUGAUGGUGAGAAAUUUCACGUCUUUGUCUAUAUAAACAUCAUUGCUUUUAAUCAUGCCAAGCACCACUCCUUAUCUAUUAUGGAAAACAAAAAGAAAAGAAAAAUAAAGUUAAGCACACCUAUAUGAUAUUUCACUUUCACAUCAUUCUCGUUUCUUAAAUGAUGUUUCACUUUCAUACCAUCUCAUAUACGUGUAUGCAUCUCUCUUGUCUUGCUCGUCUAAAAUUAAACUUAACUUUAAAAAAGUUUUUUAUGAGACUGAUAUUAGCUGAUGAAUGUGUAGUGCACUUUCAAAGGUUGGAUUGGGAUUUUUUGUGUGUAAAGUUGGGUGAUUUGAGCAGAAUAAUUGAAAUUCCGAAUAUAUUACAGAGAUGAUAAGAGAAAAUGUGAUUUAAAACUUAGCUAAAAUAUAAAUCAUAUGAAAUAAAUUAAAGUAUAAUUGAUAAUUAGCCACUAACAUACAAAAGGAUAAUUACGUAAGAAAAUGUGAUUUAAAACUUAGAUAAAAUAUAAAUCAUAAUGAAAUAAACUAAAGUACUGUAUAAUUGAAAAUUAGCCACUAACAUACAAAAAGAUAAUUACGUAGGAAAUGAUUAAACACAAAAAUACAUUUAACUUAAAAUAGUAAAGA